CCAAAAAAUCCAAAAUACACAGUUUCCCCUUCAUCACGAUCCCCCGUCGUUCUUCAUCUUCUCCAUUUCUCCAAGCUGUUUUGAUCGGAACUAAACGAGUUCCGCUUUCAAUCGCGAUCACAGAAUCGCUUUCUCUCUUCUUUUGUUUUCCGCUGAUGGAAUCACCGUGGGAGAGCUGGAAUUGGGAGUGAGAAUGAGCUCUGUGGAUUUGAGUUCAUAGCCUUGAUCCUACAAUCAUGUGGUUUUCCUUCUGGAAAUCCAGAGAUCGAUUCUCCUUGGACGAACUCAGACAUUUAUGUGAUCAACUCCAGAAAGUUCAAAUUUUAAAUGAUGUUAACAAGGAUUUUGUUAUUGAGGCACUGAGAUCCAUUUCAGAGUUGUUGACAUAUGGCGAUCAGCAUGACCCUUCUUUUUUUGAAUUUUUCAUGGAGAAGCAGGUCAUGGAAGACUUCAUACGUAUACUAAAGAUUAGCAAAAUUGUAGCUAUUUCGCUUCAGUUGCUUCAAACAAUGAGCAUAAUGAUCCAAAACCUCAAAAGUGAACAUGCAAUGUAUUAUAUGUUCAGUAAUGAACAUGUCAACUACCUAAUAACUUACACAUUUGAUUUCUGCAAUGAGGAGCUACUAUCUUACUAUAUAUCUUUCUUGAGGGCAAUAAGUGGAAAACUGAACAAGAACACUAUAUCGUUACUUGUAAAGUCACAAAAUGAUGAAAUAGUUGCUUUCCCAUUGUAUGUUGAAGCAAUACAGUUUGCUUUUCAUGAAGAGAGCAUGAUACGUACUGCAGUGCGUGCGCUUACACUUAAUGUUUAUCAUGUUGGGGACGAUGGUGUAAAUAUAUAUGUCACCAGUGCCCCUCAUUCUGAUUAUUUUACAAAUUUGAUCUCUUUCUUCUGCAAGCAGUGCAUUGAUCUAAGCAAAUUGGUGUCUGACAGUCUAAUAAACCCAGGCACAGGCUCAAUGUCUGCAAUUCUUACUGCUGUAGAUGAAAUUGAGGACAAUCUCUACUAUUUUAGUGAUGUUAUCUCUGCUGGGAUCCCUGAUGUUGGGAGGUUAAUAACAGGCAACAUUGUGCAGCUUUUGAUAAUUCCUUUGCUUCUGCCUUCUGUGCGGAUGGAUAUUGUCAAUGAACCACAAAUUGGCACUAUUACUUCCUUGUAUCUACUUUGUUGCAUCUUGCGCAUUGUCAAAAUCAAGGACUUGUCAAACACUAUUGCUGCUGCUCUUUUUUGUCCUCUAGAGGCCUUUGUUCCUAAUUCUGGAGCUAAUCUGAAUUGCCAUGCAUCUGGAAAUGGUUUUAAAUGUGAAAAAGAAGAAGUUGGAAUUAAUAGAGUUACCAAGGUGGAUGGACAAUUAAGUGUCAAAUUAUCAAAUAUUGCUUGUUCUUCACCUGAUCAUCCUGAUGACAUUAUCACUCAAAAUAAUUCUAGCAGUUCAGGUUUGGCAUUGAGGGAAGUUUUGCUUCUAUUUGUCACUUGUGGGGAUAAAGUACAAGCUUUGGGUUCUUUGACUGUACUGGCUACACUGUUGCAAACUAAGGAACUGGAUGAAUCAAUGCUAGAUGCUCUUGGCAUUCUUCCUCAACGCAAACAGCACAAGAAACUGUUGAUGCAAGCUUUGGUCGGUGAGCACGCUGGUGAAGAGCAACUUUUUUCUGCUGAGAGUGUAUCUAUAGAAGACAGUAUCAGUGGUGAGCUUGAUUCUUACAUGCAGAAGCUGAAGGAGCAAUAUGGAGUCUCAUGUUCUUUGGCAGAAGGUGGAACAAGCCCUCAUCAACACAGAAACCAGGUCCUUGUAGCAUUGCUCAAUCUUUUAUGUCGUUCAGAUGUAUCUGCAGAAACAUUGUGGGUUGCUGGUUGGCUUUUGCGCCAAUUACAUCCUUACAGUGAGGGAGAGUUCAGAAGCCAUCAUCUUAAACUGUUGAAGGAGUCACAUAGGAAGCGCACAGCUGCUCUUCUAGAGGAAACUAAAGGCAUCUGGCCUGAUCUACUCAUAACAGUACUCUAUGAUGAAUGGAAAAAGUGCAAAAAAGCAAUUGAGGCUUCCUCUCCCCCAAAAGAACCCAAGAGUAUAUUUUUUCCAGUUCAGAUAACCACUCCUGAAGAUAUUCCCCCUGAUUCAUCAUCUGCUGCUGCUGUAAGGAUGUAUGAGUUGGUGAAGGCAUUUGUACUUCUUCAUCAGCUUCAAAUAUUCUCCCUUGGAAGGGUGCUGCCUGAACAGCCACUUAACCAACCAAUUAUUCAAGUCCCUGAAGAAUCACGUGCCAAAACAGUUGGUCUGGAUUUUUCAGGUCCAAAACCAGGGACUGAAAUAAGAAUUGAUGAUUCCUUACCUUGUAGGAUUGCAUUUGAGCGGGGAAAGGAACGCCAUUUCUGCCUUUUGGCAGUCUCUCUGGGCACAUCUGGGUGGGUUAUUCUUGCAGAAGAAUUACCCCUUAAGCAGAAUCAUGGAGUUGUUCGUGUUGCUGCACCGUUGGCUGGUUCUAAUCCUAGAAUUGAUGACAAGCAUUCAAGAUGGUUACACUUGCGGAUUCGUCCAUCCACUUUGCCCUUUAUGGAUCCUGCUAAUUCUGGUAAUGGUGCUAAUGGAAAAACAAAGAUAAAAGUCCUGGUUGAUGGGAGAUGGACCAUAGCAUUCAGGGAUGAUGCAUCCUGCAAAACUGCACUGUGUAUGAUUCUUGAGGAGAUUAAACUACAAAACGAGGAGGUGGAGAGAAGAAUAAAAGCAGUACUAGACCUUGAAAGAAGCGUGGAUUCUUCAAACCCUUCUUUGGUUACCUCAGAGACCUCCUGCUCUAGUUCAACACCUUCCCAUUCAUUGUAAGUUUCUAACUUGUUUUUUCAUUUUUUGAGUUGCAGUUAUAGUUUUGCGAUGUGCUUAGGGUGAGAACAUAUUAUUUUUCAUUGCCCCUUUGCAAGUGUCCAUAAGGCAACCCUAGAUACACCCUUGAUGUAGAUUAGCACCUGAGAUUUAGUUCCAUUCUUUGUAUAAUAUAGCUUCCCUUCCUACGAUUUGUUAUUUCAUAGGGCUUCCCCCUAUCAUUCUUUAGCAACUCCUUAGGCUCUUCCCCCUUUCCCCUAAUUUUGUAAGCUAUGUAAAACUGUACAUUUGAGAUUUUGAGGUGAUUAAAUAGUGGAAGGCAUG